UCUUCUCCACUACUCCACAGUAAUGGCAGAUGCACAACGAUUUCAUAUGGCCAAAGAGAACGCAGAAAAGGCGGCUGUAGCAGAAGAAGAUACACACAACAACCCACCGUCCAACGAUCCUUCGGCCCCUGGAAAAAAAGAUCCAGGCAAAGUUGUGCACGUACAGUAUCCCAAGGACCAGGUCAUUCUCCCGCGCCAUGCCCCCAGAUACUACACUCCUCCAAAGCGACGCCGCAAUUUCUGCUGCCGUUGCCUCGCCUGGACAUUUUGUCUCCUGCUGCUCUUUAUUGUCGCCAUUGCCAUAGCCGCCGGAAUCCUCUACGUCGUCUUCCACCCAGAGAUACCCAAAUAUUCAGUCGACAGCAUUCAGAUCACGCGCUUCACCGUCGGCACAGAUGACACCGUUUCGUCGCAGUUUGUGGUGGGAGUGCGGGCGAGGAAUCCGAACAAAAAGAUCGGCAUAUAUUACUUAGACGACAGCUUUCUUGCGGUUUUCUACUCCCGCACGGAGCUCUCCAGGGGCAGUCUUCCGGCGUUUUACCAGGGGCACAAAAAUACUACGUAUUUAGACGUUACUGUGAUCGCGACUAACGUGCAGAUGAGUAGUAAGGAGGUUUUUUCGCUGAGUGCGGAGAGGAAGGAAGGGUGUAUUCCUCUUUGUUUGAAGGCGGAUGUUCCGGUUAAGGUCAAGAUUGGGAAACUGAAAAGCAUGAAGAUUACUUUCAGCGUGCACUGUGAUCUGGUGGUCGACAAGCUGGAUGGCAAUAAUACCAGUGUUAAUGCUGCUAAUAAAAGGUGCCAGGUCAAAUUUUGAGGAGCAUAAGGAGCGCGAGUUGAAAGUUUGAGCAGCAGGACUGGAGUUGUAGUUUCUAUAGACUGCUUUUAGUAGGAAUUUGUUAAAGUUUAUCCUAAAUAAAUGGUCGUCUAGGAAUUAUAAAUUUUCAAGUUUCUUCUCAUAGAUCAAAUUACAUUUGAACUGCAUCGGUUAUAUUUGUUUUUGAUAACUUUGGUUAUAUAAUUGUACGUCUAUUUAUUAAGUGGAGAGUAGGAGAGUUAAGGCGGAUUGUAGGAUAAAUGGUCAGCUGUUUCUUUUUAUAGAAUAUUUCGUUAUGAGAAAUUUAUGGGUAUUAAUUAUAUUAUUGAUAUGGAAAUUGAUAUGGAGCUGUAUAAGUUAUGACUGGAAUAGGGUUAUUGAGAUGUUAGGGGUCCGCAAGCCUGCCCCUUAGUUUCCGUGUGGUCUUUUGUUUUGGCUGGGGUCCUCUAUUUUUUGCUUUUCCAAACUUUUUGUAUGUUUUUGUGUUAUGGAUGACUGUUCUUUUUA